CGGAAGUGCUAACAAAAGUCAUCAUUUUGAGCAAUCUGAAUUUCCUUUAACUGUAGUCUUAGUAUUCUGCUUUAGCUGGAGUUGAAAACCCAACAUAUUUAUUUAUUCUGAGGCAUGGGCUCGUCAUUAAGACUACAGUGCGUGUAGAAAAAUGCAACAGUUGUGAAGAAACAACGAAGAUUUUGUUUCCCAUUUAACAAUGAACUCCCUAACGGCCCACUCAACGGCUUCAAGCUCCUCAUGCAGAACGCUGCCAGGAGAGGGAAAUCAGGUACAACCAAAAGCCCCUCUGCUGCAGAUUCUACGUGUAGCUGGAGCACAGGAGGAUGUCUUCACACUUAAAGAGGUGAUGCACUACCUGGGCCAGUACAUCAUGGGGAAGCAACUGUAUGACAAACAGAGGCAGCACAUCGUCCACUGCCAAGAUGAUCCUUUGGGAGAACUGCUAGAAGUCGAGAGCUUUUCUGUCAAAAAUCCAAGCCCAGUGUAUGAAAUGCUCAAGAAGUACUUAGUUGUGCUUGGUAGUGCUGACGCUGCGGAGAAUCUUUCUGUGCGCCGUGAAUGUGUAGAGGGAGGAGUGGAGGAUCGUGGUCAGGUUUGUGGAGGCGUGGUCAAAGCAGGAGCGGCUGCUGGCGGUGAGCGGCCUCCUCUGCAGACCCCCUCCCAGAGACGACCCCGAGAUCCAGAUGAUGAGUCCGUGGAAGGCCUGCCACGCUCAGCCUGUAAACGGCCCAAACUUGAUGUUUCCCUUGACGAGUGGGACCUCUCGGGUCUGCCCUGGUGGUUUCUGGGUAAUCUUCGGAACAACUACAGCCGUAGAAGCAAUGGUUCUACUGACAUUCACACAAACCAACUGUCUGUAUCACAGGAGGAGGACACAGCUGUGGUGUCCGACACCACAGAAGACCUCUGGUUCCUGACCGAGGGUGAGAGUGAACAGGUGAGCGUGGAAAUGAAAGAAGCCGUGCUGGAGGAAGGAAGUGUUGGGGAAGAAGGCUCUCUCGAUGAUGAUUACGGAGGAGGAAAAGAGGAGAAGGCAGAUCGAGAGAUGCAGGAGGAGCCUGAGGAAGACUCCCAGUGUCUGAGUGAUGACACGGACAUAGAGGUCUCCACUCAGGACGCAUGGCAGUGCACAGAGUGUAGAAAGUAUAACGUCCCCAUCCAGAGGUACUGUGUUCGCUGCUGGGCGCUACGGAAGAACUGGUACAAAGAUGUCCCCCGCCUCGCACACUCCCUGUCUGUUCCUGACAUCCCAGCAUGCAGCUCUCUCUCUACCCACGAUGAAGACGACGACAGUGACGCAGGCAUCGACGUCCCCGACUGCAGCAGGACAAUGUCUGAUCCGGUCAUCCUGCCCCCCUCCCAUUCCACAGCUGAGUCACCUGUGACCACCAUGGAUAUGGGGAAAGGCAAGGGGCCGCGGUCGUCUGGUUUCCACAAAUAUGACCAGCUUUCAGAAGGGGAGAGGCAGGAGAGCUCAGGCAUGGAGGUGCAAGACGAGCGAAAGGAGGAAUUACUGGAACCGUGCAAGCUGUGUCGAGUUCGAACGCGUAAUGGAACUAUAAUACACGGACGCACGGCUCACCUGCUCACAUGCUUCCCGUGUGCGAGGAGGCUGCAUAAGUUCCAGGCUCCGUGUCCGGGAUGUGGGCAGAUUAUUCAGAAAGUUAUUAAGACGUUUGUUCUUUAGAACGCACGCGGAGCUGUCGGGUUUGGACACCUUAACAGAAACACAAGUGAAACAAAGGAAGAGAUAAAACAAACAUAUUUAUGGAUGACUGAACCUAAACCUGCACCUUACUGAACAUCUACAGAAGUAAACACGUUAUAGCGCUUGGUGAAGCUUGCUUUUGAUCCAUGGUUUUCUAUUACAUCACAUUGCCUAUGAAAGGGUCUGAUGAGACUUUGGACUAGUUUGUUUUUCUAAACAUUUUUCCUCCACGUGAUAAAGAAGGGACAAGGCAGAAGUAUUUGUUUAUAAAUGUUCACAAGAAGUGAUCAGCUGGUGUGAGCUUUUAUUUAGAGUCAUGAAGGCUUUCAGUGGUUUUUCACGUUUGGUUCCUUUGGCUGGUUGUUUCCAGGGUUUGUUCACUUUGCGUGUUAAAAUCUUGGAGUUGCAUCGUUUAUAAUAAAAAUCUAUUUCCUCUAAACUGUUUUCUUCCUCCACAGACGAGCCGUAGUCCUUAUUUACAAACCGCUGGGUCACUGCGGGCAGGUAUGUAGUAUGAAAAGCUUUCUUUGGUUUUGUUGGAAAUUCUUUCAAUCUCCAAGUGUCACGAUUCAGAACGAGCUUUUGUUUUCCGCUGCUGCAGGUUUCUAAAACCAUUUCAAAGUAUCUUUUAAAUGUUUCUUUUCAGCUGAAGAAAAAGUGUUUUCAACGAACAAUCUAGCAGCUGAAGUAGUCGUGUCUUCUGAUUGCUAACCUCAUGACCCAGAUCUGUUCUGAUUGUUUUCAGUUAAAACAUCUAAAUAUAUAUUUUACACUUAAGUUAAAAAUAACAAUUUGUAUUUAAUUUAUUUAUGCUGCAGCUUCUAAGUAAGCCUCCUGAUUGGCUGCACUUGUAAUCUAGUCCUCGUGUGUGAUUUACUUACCGAUGUGGAGGGAAGUGUUAGGAGAUAGAUUUGAAGCGUUCCGCUGUGACACCUCUGAAAGGAUUUCUGUAAAUACAAGAUUUUAUUUUAAUGGUUAUAAUUAGGGUAAAAAUUGUAUUGCUGGAUCUCAUUAAUGCUUUUUGCCUGAUAUGUAAAACCUUUAUCUUCUAUUUAUAUAUUUCUUGAAAGAUUGUCUAACCUUGGCAGCAGAUAUGCAACACUUCGGUAACCGAAUGCUGUUUUCUGUUUAACGUGUGCUUUAUUCUUUUGCCAGCAGGUGGAGAAAUUUCAGCCAUAUUAGUCUGCUAAAACUCUAAUAGCAUGCCUGUUUUUACGACUAGAACCAGCACAGAGCUGCAUCAAAAGGUUCUACUAGAUCCAGACCUGCAGCUUUUACAGAUUCAGAUGUAAAACUAAAGAUUUUUGUGCAGGCUUGGUACUUUUUUGGGUUUGUUACAGUUGAAAUGUUUUGUUGAACAAUAAAAGGUUGAAAGUAAA